AUGUUGGCCAUCUCAUGCUUACUGGUCUUCGUCGUGCUCCACCACAGAAGAAGCGGCAAUGUGCUCACCGAGUCGCAGGAAGAGAUGAUCCUGAUAGGUGCACUGGGCCUAUUCUGGUUCGCGGUCCUGGUAGCCUGGCGCGCGAUCAAUCAGCAGGGUAGCGUAGGCAUCACGGAUGAGGUGCGCCUUCCUGCGCCCGCUGCCACGACUCCAGUGCGAGGAGGUGCCCGUCGGCCGUCUGGAAUGACCGGAAGGCGCAGGCCGUGGCCGUGUUCGCCAGAUGAUGUGUACUGCGUCGUGGAGGAGUGGUCCUACUUUUGA